AUGUCUAACCAGCAGGUGGGCACGGUAUUUGACCGUGUCAUCCAGGAGGUCUGCGAUGCUUCUCAGGUCGAUUUCGAGGAAAGUGGGGUCGAUCAGCAAACGCUAUUAGACUUGCGAAAGAGCUGGCAGAAAAAGCUCUCGUCGCUUGGUGUCGCCCACUUCCCUUGGGAUCCUGCACCACCACAGCCCGCCCCUCAUCAGACUCAAAACCAAAUACUCCCUCCUACUGCUCCUGUGCCUUCCAACGCUCCUCGACCCGCUCCUCUGCCACAGACACAGCAACAACAUGUUCCGCCCCAACAACAUCUUCCCCAGUCCCUACCGGGAACUGUACCUCCGAUGCAAGCGCCUGCCCCCGCCCACAUGGGUCAGCAAUCUCACAUCAAGACCGAACCGGGCCUCAAUGGGCAACCAGGAAUGCGUCACAUGAGCAACAUGAUGUCGGCUCCUUCCUCAAAUCCUCAGUCGGCACGUGAACGUGCUGCCAAUAUGCUUCAUCAAAGAUACGGUGCCGCAGCAGCUAGCUCGGUCAGUCAGUUGCAAGCGCAGUCUCACGCAUCUGUGGGAAUGCCAGGACAGCAGCGUCCUCAGUACCCCGCACAGACGCCCAAUGGACAGACGCCGGCGAUUAAACAGGAGCCGAGCUAUCCAUCCGCCCCUCAACCCAAUAUGACUAACUCUCAGACGGAUGGUGCAGGUGGCGAUGCUUUAUCAGAUUGGAAAGCGGAGGUUGCACGGAGACGCGAGGCCGCAGAACGCCAGAGCGGUGAGGGUGAUCGAAUUCUACGCGAACAUUUGAGACAGCGCAUGCUUCAAUUCGAGGGAGGUGGACUACUUAUGCCUCUAGAUCAGCGUCAAUCCCCAACAUCGAGACGGGAACCUCACCUUACUGAUGCCCACGCUGCCGUCGAAAUCACGUCUAUUGCGAACUCUGCGCAGCCUCAGGCGCAAUUUGAUGGCCCUGGUGGCGAUGAUGACAGGGAGGAAGAGGACGAAGAUGCCAUCAAUUCCGACCUCGACGAUCCUGACGACCUGGUUGCCGAGGAUCAUGAUGCUGAAGAUUCUGUUGGACAGGUCAUGCUCUGUACAUACGAUAAAGUGCAGCGCGUCAAGAACAAGUGGAAGUGUACUCUGAAGGAUGGUAUCCUAACCACAGGCGGCAAGGAAUACGUUUUCCACAAAGGUCAAGGCGAAUUUGAAUGGUGA